AUGGAAACGGUCAUGAACCCUUCUGAGGCCCUGCAUAUUACGUUUGAGAAGCUCACGACGUUCUUUGGGCACGAGAAAGUGGCUCUCAUAGUGACACAAGGCCCGGACGCACUUCGUGCAAGUCUCGAGGCCUCGAACUUUAAUUCCACGUUGAUCGGACAGGUCCAUUACCUUUUGGCAUCUGCCAUUCCCACUCGGUAUGUUGCCAUCCAGACACUGGAUCAAGAACUCAUCCUCUAG